UCAGACUACCACCAUAUAAACUAUGCUGUGAAACAGACGAAUGUUCAGUCAGUUUAUCCACUGCCAUGACACCACCCUGACUCCACUCCACUAUCUAUCACAGCAGGAAAGGGCAAAUAAUCCAAACUGCCAACAGUUGUGUUUGGACCCCCAGGUCAAACAGACAUGGUGGAAUUACCUCAGAUCACACAUGCAAAAGGGACAUUUGGGCAGCGCACAGAGCUGGAAGGAGUGAGCGAGCUCUCUGAUUGGCUGAGCAGCGCGACGUGGACAUCGGUCAGUUACAGGCCUGUUGAAGCUGUGAGAACUACACUGUCACAGAGAGAAAGGUGAAGGAGGCCACAGGAUGAAGUCCAAAGGGAAGGCUCUUAAACCAUCCAGGAGGUCCUGGUCUGACCCAGAGCCAGAACUUGACACAGAACCAGAACCAGGUUCCAGUGAGCAGGAGGGCUCGGAGGCCUCGGUCCGGAUCGGCGGCUCCUGGAGGGGCUCGCUAAGGGGCGGGGACGGCAAGCGAAAGAGAGCUGGAGGCCGGCGGCGCAGGCAGCACGGCUCCAGCACCAAGGAACGAAGCGUCCGGCGACUGGAGAGCAACGAGAGGGAACGCCAGCGCAUGCACAAACUCAACAACGCCUUUCAAGCAUUGCGUGAGGCCAUCCCCCACGUCAACACCGACAAGAAGCUGUCCAAAAUCGAGACACUGACCCUGGCAAAGAACUACAUCAAAGCCUUAACCACCAUCGUCGUGGACUUGUCAGCGGAGUGCCUGCCCGCUGGAGGGGUCUCGUCCGAGGCCAGCACCGCCAAGCUGCUCCAGUGCUACCAGCAGCACCUGGAGGAGGAUGGGGAGGAUGAUCUCACCCAGUACCUCAACCACAUGCACAGCUUCACCAAGCGCAGCUAACAGUGGCUGAAAGGUGGUCUGGAGACCAGUCUCCAAGGCAGAGAGAGGUGUGGGGAAGAGCUUUAGGGCCAAAUCUCAAACCAUAUCCAGGUCCUUCAGGUGCACUGCUCUGGGAUCUGCUCAGAAGUGGUUCUCUGCAGGAAAUGGGUGCUGUUCCAGAUCAUAGACCUCUGACAUUCAAACCAUGCUUGACCAAAGAUAAAGGUGGGCUGUCAAGACUAGAACUUCAUGCAAAGUAUGAAACGAUUGGAGCACCAAUAUACAAAGCAUACAAAAAGACUGCAGACUGGAAGGUGAAGAGCAGAUGGAUUGUGGUUAUGAAGAGUGAUGAAGACUUAUUUGUUAUUGUACUCAGGGCUAAUCUUUCGCCAUUCUGUCUCUUUAUUUCUCAUCUUCUACGGUUUGAGCCAGGGCAGGAACUUGUUCUCCUUUGUGUUAUCUUAUGAUCUUCUGUGUGUUUUUCUGUUGAGAAACCUGCUGAGCGUUGCCUCUAGUCAUAACUGUCACAUCGAGGAGGAAAAGAAAUGCCUGAAUACUGAAAUGUUGAAGAUAGAAAGUGUGUUUGCUCAAGAGGACAAUUUCAGACCAUGUGUCUUCUUACAGGUUGUGCGCCAAUAGCUGGAGGGCAAAGAUGAUAUUUAAAGUGUGUGUUAUUUGAAUUUUUCAUGUCUCCAUGUCGUGAUAAAGAUCAGGAGAAACUAUUGGGUGAGUUAUUGUCAAUAA